AUGCCCACUUCUACGCUCACUGAUUUUGUAUCUACUCAUGCCGUCCUGCUCAAGGUCACUCUUGGCUGCCUGGCCGGGCCUCUUCUAGUCCUUCUAUCACUUGCGUUAUGGUACAUGACCCGAACAUCUAUCUCACGAGGGCGUACUGUCUCUGACAUUGAGGUGAAUGUCAAAGAAUCAACAUCUUGCGCAUCCGACAUCUUUCCGACACCCACCGACUCCUUAAAAUCGUACCCUUCAUUGUAUUUCGGUCCUGCCGCGGAUGAAAUCGUCUGUCCUUACCCGCGACCGCGCUCGAAUUUCUCGUCUUCACAAGCCGGCACUUCAGAAUCAUACAGCCCAACGGACAAUCUUGCUCGACCGCCGCCUGCCCCUCCGCUCUAUGCCGAUGUCAUUGUUCCGUACAAUCACCAAGUCGCUCUUUGCGGCGGGUCGAACUCUGUGGCGUACGGGUAUCGACAACCGGAUUGUGUGGAUUAUGCCCGUCCUCGAGCAAGACGGAACGCACGGCCUGCAACGACCAUCCCACCGCUUCUCAUCGUCAAGAAAGGAUCAAAUACGGGUCUUUCUUCGCGUCGCGCCAGCAAACCCGAUGGGAUGUCAGCAUUGUCGCCAUCUGUCAAGCGAAAAGAAACGACCGCACAACCAAGCACUCUUAACUCAGAAAUCCCCAGUUCCAUUCUUCCCUUCGUUGACAAGGACCUUCCUCCGGUUCCAUUACUUUUUGUGGAUGAACAAUCUGCUCUGCCUUCUGUCAGCAUUACAGAAUUGUCGUCCCGUUCUGAUGUGCAAAAGCAAGAGUCUACGUGUCGUCCUCUUUCGGGAGUGCCGAAAUUCCGGUCUAUAAUUCCUUUCGUCGACGAGGAGAAUCUUUUGUCACAUCCUCUACUUUCUGUUGGCGCUAACACCGCCAGGACAAGACAUCUGAGUAUGGAGAUCGUCAGAUCGUCAUUACGAACUGCAGGAAAGGAAAAUACGCCCCCUCUGAAUAUCGUAAUAUCGAAGCGAACAUCCACGCCACCUCUUUCUGUAACCAAGAAGAAGAAGAAUCCUGCGACUGGAACGAUGACCUUGUGCGAUGUUACCAAUACGAAGAAGAGCUGGGAGGUGUUUAGGGCUCGUGGUGCUAUACGGAAGGAACUUGGUCUCCCUUGUCUUAUUAGGAAUGACGGCGAAGAGAUCCUGGGUACGAUUUUGGAAUGA